AUGGCUAUUCCUAUCGGGCCAUCAGACUUUUGCGACACACCAGCCGGCACACAAAGACCUGUACAAGCAGUUCUCAGUGUUCACGCUGUCCGCCAUGAACCUCCACCAGAAUCAAACGAUGCCCAAGUAGUAACUCUGCAUCGUGCAUCAGACUCUCGAAGCUUCGCCACAAACCUCCCUUCUCCGGGUGUGGAUGCCAGUAUCAGCGCGAUUCAGCUGCCCUCCCCCGUGCUUGUAAACGCAUACCCUCCUCGUCUUCAACAGCCGGUUGUUAUAGGUCCAGCUCAGGGAAACGGCUCACCGGUCCAGGACACUACGUCGCACCUUGCGAGACAGCAGAGGACCUCCUCCCGUCCAGCACAGGUGUUCGCCAUGAUAGCCUUUUCUGGCACCACCUGUACUUCAAUCGCAUCCAUAGCAUUACAGACCGGCACACCGGCAACUCCUAUCCUAGACGCAUGUGCAGUAUGCGGUAUUGCGGGCACAAUAUUUGCAGUUGCAGCCGGACUCGCAUCGGUCAAAGACGUGUAUGAUGUUACGAAGAGACUGUUAUGGGCGAGCAGCGCGUGCGCAGUGCCACCAGUAAACGCCGAGGGUUAUCAAACCCGAUAA